GAGAUUAUGAAUUCCCGGUUCUUUGCUUUUGAAUGGAUUGAAUUCUUAAUUAUUUCUUGGAUAUUUCAAAGCAACUUGCAUUGUGGGACUCUAAAUUUAACUUUUCAGAAAACUUUCUGGGGACCCAAACUCUUCUCUUCUCCAUGUGGAGCAGUAUGACGUUUCUCCUUGCUUUUCCUGUUAUUUCUUGCUUCUUCUUCUUCUUUUGCAACGCUUCUGCUGAGCUGAUAAAAGGUCUCCCAGGUCAACCUGCCAAUGUUACUUUCAAGCAAUACUCUGGUUACAUCGUUACUGAACCGAAACAUGGCCGAGCUUUAUUCUACUACUUUGUGGAAGUCGAUUCCGCCAACCCAGGAUUACAUCCCUUGACAUUGUGGCUUAACGGAGGCCCCGGUUGUUCAUCUCUGGGCUUUGGUGCAUUUUCAGAGCAUGGUCCUUUCCAGCCAGGGGAAAAUGGACACUUGAUCAAGAAUAAAUAUUCAUGGAAUUUGGAAUCAAACAUGUUGUAUCUCGAAAGUCCGAUUGGCGUUGGAUUUUCUUACUCAAAUACAAGCUCGGAUUACCUCGGAGUGAAUGAUACCAUAACAGCUGAGGAGAAUCUGAUAUUCAUUCUUAAUUGGUUCAAAAAAUUCCCACAAUAUAGAGACUCGGAUUUGUAUCUUUCUGGGGAAAGCUAUGCGGGCCACUAUAUUCCUCAGCUGGCAGCCUUAAUCCUGAAUUACAAUAAACGUUUCAGUGGCAGACCCAUCAAGCUUAAAGCCAUUGCAUUGGGAAAUCCUCUUUUAGAUCUGGAAAUUAGUGUCAACAAUGCUGAAUUUCUGUGGUCACAUGGAGUCAUUUCAGAUGAAAUGCUGAUUCUGAGAAAGACUGUAUGUAAUGAAUCAAGAAGGCUUAAAGAGUCCCUUCAUCGUAACCUGUCCAAACAAUGUAUCGAUGUCCUGAACCAGGAGCAAGAAGAAAUGGGUUCAUUUACUGACCCCGGAGACCUGAUUUUGCCUAUUUGCCUGUCACCAACUGUACUUGGGCAGACCGUUUAUCAGGGAGCUCUCAAUAUGUUACAUGCUAAGCUUGCUAUAAGAUCAGCUGUUGCCGGUGAUCCAUGUCUUGGAGAUAGGAUAUAUCAAUAUCUUAACAUGCCUAAAGUACAAGAAGCACUUCAUGCAAACACCACUCACCUCCCUUCAGAUUGGGAAUUCUGUGGAGGGCACCUUGUCUAUCAAAGAGAGAGUCUAGAAAUCAACAUCAUACCUCUUCUGUCAAAGCUUCUCAGGAGAAGCAUACCAAUUCUCCUUUUCAACGGGGAUCAAGAUUCAAAAAUCCCAUUAACACAAACAAGGAUAAUUGCGAAUAUGCUUGCAGAAGAAUUGAAGCUUGUACCAUUUGGGAGUUAUGCUCCUUGGUAUGAUAAGAUGCAGGUUGGUGGGUGGACUCAGUCAUUUGGCCAAGCAAGGAAAGGGAAAAAUGUAACAUAUUUAACAUUUGCUACAGUCAGAGGUGCAGCACAUGAGGUCCCAUACACUUCACCUUCACAAGCUCUCACCCUAUUCCGGGCAUUUCUUAGAGGAUCUCCUCUGCCUAGAAUUCCACCGGAAACGAAAAAAUAGAGUAUGAGGAUUAAUAACUUGGAUUUGCUGUUGUGUUUUAAUUAUGAUUUUCGUUUGCAGUUUAACCGGUGUGGGGAGAAGUCCAUCAGAAAAGAAAACAAAAAAUGAGUAGAAGAAAGCUCCAUUUCUUUCGAA